CCGACGCUGAUAACAGUUCCUUGCGCUCCACUCUAGUUGACUAUAUAUGGUCAAAGCAGUGGUGAAUGCUGUUUGGAGCUUGUUUCCGGGUUUGAGACACCAGGGAGGGAAGUGUAGGCAACCAGUGGAAUAGUUGCCGGUACCUGUAAGGUCUGUAGGAUAUUGGGGAAUUUGUUUAUCGUCUAGUGAGGAACAGAGAGAAUCGCUAGUUCGUGCAGAUUGCAGCCAUGUCUUAUGACUCUAAAAAAGUGUUUGCCUGCCUUCCUCAAGUAGAAAGAGGUGUUUCCAAAGUUAUUGGUGGCGAUCCCAAGGGGAAAAAUUUUCUUUACACCAAUGGGAAAAGUGUCAUCAUCCGGAACAUUGAAAAUCCUUCAAUUGCAGAUAUCUAUACAGAACAUGCGCAUCCAGUUUUCGUUGCAAAGUAUGCUCCCAGUGGGUUUUACAUAGCAUCUGGAGACACAUCUGGAAAAGUCAGGAUCUGGGAUACAACACAGAAGGAACAUCUGCUGAAGUACGAGUAUCAGCCCUUUGCAGGAAGAAUUAAGGACAUUGCUUGGUCUGAUGAUAGUAAACGAAUGGCAGUUGUUGGGGAAGGUAGAGAGAAGUUUGGGGCCGUAUUCCUUUGGGACACUGGUUCAUCUGUUGGUGAAAUCUCUGGUCACAGUAAAGUGAUAAACAGUGUGGAUAUAAAACAAUCAAGACCUUACCGCCUCGUCACUGGUGCGGAUGAUAACUGUGCAGCUUUCUUUGAGGGCCCUCCUUUCAAAUUCAAGUCAACAUUUAGUGAUCACUCCCGAUUUGUCAAUUGUGUGAGAUUCUCCCCAGAUGGGAACAGAUUUGCUACAGCUAGUGCUGAUGGACAGAUUUUUGUCUACGAUGGCAAAACGGGUGAGAAAGUGUCUGCAUUAGGAGGGUCCAAGGCACAUGAUGGUGGAAUAUAUGCAAUUUGCUGGAGUCCAGACAGCACAUCUCUAAUAUCAGCAUCUGGCGAUAAAACAGUAAAACUCUGGGAUGUGGCUGCUAAUACUGCAGUUAUCAAAUUCUCUUUUGGGUCAGAGGUAAUGGAUCAGCAGCUGGGAUGCUUAUGGCAGAACAACUACUUGUUGAGCAUUUCUCUUUCUGGAUACAUCAACUAUCUGGAUAAAAACAAUCCUCAAACUCCCAUUCGUGUUGUCAAGGGGCAUAGCAAAUCCAUUCAUUGCCUGACUGUGCACAAAGAUGGCAGCACGCCGUACAUCUACAGUGGUAGUCAUGAUGGGCAUAUUAAUAUCCUUUUUAUAUUCCCUAAUGAAUACUCCAGCUUUGGAAAUCAGAUUAACCUUUUUUUCAGUGCACAAGAUGUUGUGAAAAUGGAUGUACAACCCAAGCGUAUUGCAACAGGUCCUGGAGGAUACACAGUAGUUGUAUGCAUAGGACAGGUAAUCAUUCUGAUUUGCUGGAAAACUGGGAUGUUUUAUGGGCAUUAUGCCAAAGCUCUUUGCAUUGCCUGGUCCCCAGACAAUCAACAUUUUGCUACUGCAGGCAUGGAUAUGGUAGUUUUUGUCUGGACUGUAAGCGACCCUGAUGAAAGAAUUAAAAUGCCAGAUUGUCAUCGUUUACAUCAUGUCAGCAGCUUAGCAUGGUUGGAUGAACACACGCUGGUAACGACCUCUUAUGAUGCUAGUGUGAAGCAGUGGACUGUUAACUACAAAUGAAAAGCAGUUUACAGUUUGUGUUGUGGGCAUGUAGAUUUUUCAGGGACUAGGACUGCUGCUGUGGAAGUUGGCAUUUCUCUACAUAGUACUCUGUCUGCCUUUGGGCUACAUAUCACUUCUGUAACCCCAUGCAGGGUGCAAGGAAAAUGUAUUUUGAAAGCUUUAGCCAUUAAACAUUUGCACGAAAAAAGCACUUAACCUUUGAUUUCUGGAACUAAAUAUUACUGUGCUAAACAUUCCAGGGGCAACAUACGCCUUAAUGUAUGAGGUUGACAUAAAUAAAUAUGUUCAGUCCAUUGUUUUUAAUCACCAUUAUACAGAAAAUAUUGUACAACAUGAGAUGACGUCUCAUUUUGUGACUGCAGAACAUUUCUGUACUAUUGUAACAACUGUAUUUGGUAAAUUAAGGUUAUGACCCGAAAAUGCUGUAUCCAGGUGCAGCUACUGUAUAUUAUAACAGAUAAAUUAUGCUUGUCUUUAGUGCACAAACUUGUUGCCUCAUUUCUUUUCUUCUGGAUCAAGUAAGAGUACAUAAUAAAAAUUUAUAUAAGUUUCCUGUAA